GAGGAAAAACUCACUAUUACAGCAAAAGGUGACUUACCUCAUUUACGCGAUCCUAACCUCAUCAAAGAUAACGACUUGACAUCAUUAAAUUAUUUAAAUGAACCUGAAGUUCUCCACACCUUACAAGUCCGGUUUAUUGAUAAGAAUAUAUUCUAUACUUAUUGUGGAAUUGUUCUGGUGGCUAUUAAUCCAUACCAAGAUGUGGAUAUAUAUGAUGAAACCACCCUAGAGAUCUACCGUUACCAGAAGAUCUUGAAAAACUUGGAUCCUCAUAUUUAUGCAGUAGCUGCUGAGGCUUUCAAUCAAAUGACCAGAUUCAAGCGGAACCAGUCCAUUAUUGUGAGUGGAGAAUCUGGUGCUGGGAAAACUGUCUCGGCUAAGCACACCAUGCAUUAUUUUGCCCAGGUGGGUGGUUCCACCGAAACAGCCAUUCAUGACAAAGUGUUAGCAUCCAAUCCAAUCAUGGAGUCCUUUGGAAAUGCCAAAACAAUAAGAAACGACAACAGUAGCAGAUUUGGCAAAUACAUUCAGAUUGCAUUUGGUACUCGAAAUUACAUCAUUGGUGCUAAUAUGAAGACUUAUUUAUUAGAGAAAUCCAGAGUUGUUUUCCAAGCACCCAAUGAAAGGAAUUAUCAUAUCUUUUAUCAGCUGUGUGCAUCUUCCAAUUGCCCAGAAUUAAAACCAUUCCGACUGUCGCAUCAAGAUGAGUUCUACUACACCAACCAAGGAGAGAGUCCACAUAUCCAGGAUAUCAAUGAUGCAGAUGUGUUUUUAAAGACAAGGAGUGCUUUCACAGAACUUGGAAUAAAUGAAGAUGACCAGUUGAAGAUGUUUGGUGUUGUUAGUGCCAUUCUUCAUCUUGGAAAUAUUUUGUUGGAACCUGGUGAGGAUGAAUCAACAUGCAAUGUCUCGAAGAAGAAUUCGCAUUUUGAUAUUGUUUGUGACUUGCUUUCUUUGAAUAAAGAAGAAAUGCAACUGUGGUUAUGCAACAGGCAAAUUUCUUCUGGAUCUGAACGAAUCAUCAAACCUCUCACAGCCAAAGAGGCUGGCUAUGGCCGAGAUGCUUUGGCAAAACACAUUUACGCGCGGGUCUUUGACUGGAUUGUAGCCAAAAUCAACAGAAACCUGUUGACUCAUGAAGACACCCAAAACUUUAUUGGAGUCCUCGAUAUUUAUGGAUUUGAAACUUUUAGAAUAAACAGUUUUGAGCAGUUUUGCAUAAAUUAUGCAAAUGAAAGGCUUCAAUUACAGUUCAACACGCACGUAUUCACGCUAGAGCAACAAGAAUACCGAAAAGAAGGACUUGAAUGGCAUGAAAUCAGUCAUUACGACAACACCCCUUGCAUUGAUCUAAUUGAAAGUCCGCAAGGCAUCCUUGCCUUAUUAGACGAUGAAUGUAAGAUGCUGAGUGGCAACGAUACCAAUUGGUGCACAUCACUCUUCAAGAAACUGUCUGGAACUCAGUGCUUUGAGAAACCUCGUACCUCACAGACAUCAUUCACAGUGUGCCAUUUUGCUGAAAAGGUGACAUACAUGUGCCAGGGUUUCAUGGAGAAGAACUUGGAUACAGUUUCUGAUUUACAAGUAGAAACUUUGAAGAGAAGUUCAAACCCUCUCAUCAUAGAAUUGUUCCAGGAAAAAAAACUUGAGAGAAAGAUGUCAACCAUGUCAGAAGAGUCCUAUCUCAGUCAACCGAAAAAAUCCAAGAAACACAAGCAGACUGUAGGAUCUCAGUUCAAAGAAUCAUUGAACAGUUUAAUGAAGACUCUCUCGGAUACUAACCCUCAUUAUGUACGCUGCAUUAAACCCAAUGAUGACAAGAAACCAUUCAGAUUCAACUGUAAACGAGUUGUGGAGCAGCUGAGGGCAUGUGGUGUUCUCGAGACAAUUCGUAUUAGUGCUGCUGGAUUCCCAGCAAGGGAAACAUAUGAAAAUAUAUUCAAUAUGUUUCAACAAUUAUUGGAUGUGAAGGAAGUUGACAAAUCGGAUCCAAAGUCAAGUUGUGAGAGAUUAAUGCAGAAAUAUAUUGAAGACCCUGAUAAAUACAGAUUUGGUAAGACGAAAAUCUUUUUCCGAGCAGGCCAGCUGGCAUUGUUGGAUAAACUGUUGAGUGACCGUCGUGUCAGGUGGUCAAUUAUGGUGCAGAAACAAGUCAGGACAUUCCUGUGCAAGAGACGCUUCAACAAGAUCAGACGUAGCAUCUUCCUGUUGCAAGUCUACGGACGAGGCUAUCUUGCACGUUUAGCAUUCCAAGAGAGACGGAGGAAAUUUGCUGCUAUUCGCAUCCAAGCUUAUUUCCGUGGUUACCAAUGCCGCAAGAUAUUCCAACAGAAAAAACUGGCUGCAAUUGUUGUACAGCGAUAUGCGAGAAAAGCAUUGGCUCAGAAGCUUUUCCGCCAGUUGGUGGAAGACUACAGAGCAACCAUUAUCCAGACCAAGGUGCGGGCUUAUUUGGCUCGCAGAAAAUUUGAGAAGGUGCGUCAUGGCAUAGUACUGCUGCAGGCCCAUGUACGACGCCGAGCUGCCAAGAAAGUCUUCAAAGAACUUAAGAGGAAAGCCAAAGACACUGAUGAGCUGAAACUCUCCAACAGGAGAUUGUGUAACAAGAUCAUUGAACUAUCAAACCUUCUGAAAGAGAAGGAAGGGGAACUCAAAAAGUUCCGUGUCAUUCAGACAAGCGCCAAUCAAAUGCAAGAACAAUAUGAGAAAUUGGUAUCUGAGCAUGAUAAUUGUCGCAUGCUGAAGGUAAAGAUCCAAGAAUAUGAAGUUAUGAUUGGAAAACUGGAAAGUGACAUCAAGCAGAAGACAGAAGAAUACACUGUCCUCAUGGCUGAGAAAAACAAGAUGAAGACUUCAUAUGCAGAAGAUUUGCAGUCGAUAGAGACGAAGAACAAAGAAUUACAUCAAGAACUCCUUAAUGCCCAAACACUAAUUAAGAACAAUGAAGAAACAAUUGCUAAUUAUGUUAAGAAAGAGGAAGAUCACAGUGUAUUAGACACCCAGAAAGAGCGGGAGAUUGAGAAAGCUCACCAUAACAAGAUCCUGCAUGACUAUGAAGUACUGAAAAAUCACUAUGAUAACCUUCGUCAUGAGAUGACAGUCUUGAAACAGACCCACCGGCGCACACCAUCUGAUAAUAGUACAGUUAGUUUUGAAUCUGCUGAAGGUGAACCUGCUGCAGUCGAGGAAGUGGGAGCAGGAGAAGAUGAAGAGCGUCAAGCAGCCCAUGUUGUUGCACAGGUGGUAGCUGAACCUGAUGAUAAAGAGGAUCUGGGAUAUGGCACGGGCAAACGCCAAGAAAGGCCAGUUCCUGCUGAAAGAAAAUCUCGAGCUGUCCAACGCCAGGCUACAUUAGAAGAACCUGAAAAAGUGGAUCUUGCGUUGAUUAUGAAGUUGCAAAAUCGUAUCAAAGAAUUGGAGAAGGAAAUCAACCGUCUCAACACAGAACGAGAACGUGAAGAGGAAGAAAACAAAGACAAGGAACACACUGUGUACAAUUCUCUUAAGAUGCAGGAAUUGGAGAAUGAUAAUGAUAGAAUGAAGAGAGAGAUAAGCAAUCUGAUGGCAGCCCUCUCUAAGAGUCCCAAAUACGAAGAAGGAAUCACAGAGGCAGGAAAAGCUUUCAAAGAACAAUAUGACACAAUGGUGGAAGAGCUUGAACGAAGACGUGCUGAGAUCUUGUAUAUUAAAGCUAUCUGGCUGGAGACAAACAUCGAGAAGAAGGAUGAUUUACAUGCCAAACAUGGUGGAGAGGAUGUCAGUGAGGAGGAGGAACUGAAGACAGCUCUGCAAUUCCAUCAAAAACUUAACAGGUUGUUGGAGAACCAACUUCAAGAAACAGAAAAGAAAUCCAAACAUACUGAACAAGAUUUACUUACACAGAUUGAGGAACUUACAAAGGAAAAUGAACGUCAAAAACAGGUCAUCAGUCAGCUCAAUUCAAUUGCCACAAACCUCUCAUCAAAGACUGGCGAUGAAAUCAGCGUUACUAUGGGACAAGAUAUUAUCCUUUUGAAAUUUUUUUUAUUUUUAAUUUUUAAAUUUUUCUUUCUUCCUUUUUUAUUAUUAAUAUUAUUUUCUUAUCUUUUUCCUUUUUUCCAUUUUUCCUUUUUUUCCUUUGUUUCUUUUUUCCUUUUUUUCCUUUGUUCUUUUUUCCUUUUUUUCCUUUGUUUUUUUUCUUUUUUUUUUUCUUUUUUUUUUUUUUUUUUUUUUUUUUCCUUUGUUCUUUUUUUCCUUUGUUCUUUUUUUCCUUUGUUCUUUUUUUCCUUUGUUCUUUUUUUCCUUUGUUCUUUUUUUCCUUUGUUCUUUUUUCCUUUUUUUCCUUUGUUCUUUUUUUCCUUUGUUCUUUUUUUCCUUUGUUCUUUUUUUCCUUUGUUCUUUUUUUCCUUUGUUCUUUUUUUCCUUUGUUCUUUUUUUCCUUUGUUCUUUUUUUUUUUUUUUUUUCCUUUGUUCUUUUUUUCCUUUUCCUUUCCUUUGUUCUUUUUUCCUUUUCCUUUCCUUUGUUCUUUUUUUUCCUUUUCCUUUCCUUUGUUCUUUUUUUUCCUUUUCCUUUCCUUUGUUCUUUUUUUCCUUUUCCUUUCCUUUGUUCUUUUUUUCCUUUUCCUUUUGUUCUUUUUUCCUUUUCCCACUUUUCUUUAUUCCUUUUUCCUUUAUUCCUUUCUUUUUCCUUUAUUCCUUUCUUUUUUUCUUUUAUUCCAUUCUUUUUUCUUUUUCCUUUAUUCCUUUCUUUUUUUCUUUUUCCUUUCUUUUUUUCUUUUUCCUUUUUUCCUUUAUUCCUUUCUUUUUUUCUUUUCCUUUAUUCCUUUCUUUUUUCUUUUUCCUUUCUUUUUUUCUUUUUCCUUUCUUUUUUUCUUUUUCCUUUAUUCCUUUUUUUCCUUUAUUCCUUUUUUUUUCCUUUAUUCCUUUCUUUUCCUUUAUUCCUUUCUUUUUUCCUUUAUUCCUUUUUUUCCUUUUUCUUUCUUUUUCCUUUCUUUUUCAAAUUCUUUUUUUCCUUUAUUCCUUUCUUUUUCCUUUUUUCCUUUUUUUCCUUUAUUCCUUUCUUUUCCUUUAUUCCUUUCUUUUUCCUUUAUUCCUUUCUUUUUCCUUUAUUCCUUUCUUUUUCCUUUAUUCCUUUCUUUUUCCUUUAUUCCUUUCUUUUUCCUUUAUUCCUUUCUUUUUCCUUUAUUCCUUUCUUUUUCCUUUAUUCCUUUCUUUUUUUCUUUUUCCUUUCUUUUUUUCCUUUUCCUUUCUUUUUUUCCUUUUCCUUUAUUCCUUUCUUUUUUUCUUUUUCCUUUAUUCCUUUCUUUUUUUCUUUUUUUCCUAUUUUUCUUUGAUUUAUAUUUAAUCUGUAUUGUGUGUGAUUUUCCUCUCUCUCUCAUUCUGUCUGACAGAGUAUAUGUUUUUGAUGGUGUCAUCAUUUUUAUCUUUUUUUCUUUCCUCCAUUCUCCAUUUUUAUCAUUUUUCUUUCUUUCCUUCAUUCAAAUUUUAUUUUUUUCUUUCCUUCAUUCAUAA